AUGACGGACGACGACACCAAGAAAAUAAAAGAGAUUCCUUCACUAAAUAGUCUCUUACAAGAUCAACAAGUAGAAGUCGAUGUAAUCUACAGAUCAAUGAAUUAUAUUUGUCAACUUACUGAAGAAUUUCGAACUGGACCAAUUCUAGAAAAUCGAUCAAAACAUCUUUACACGGCUUGGGCCAGUUGUACUUCUCGUCAUUACCAAAUACAUCACGCAGCUUCAAAUGAAGACAAGAAGACUCGAUCUUAUUUUCAAAAACGAUGUUACGAGAAUUUAGAAGAAAAAUACUUGGAAACAACAGAUAUAAUCUCAGAAUGGAUGACAAAGGCUAAUGCAUAUCAGACUACUGCAAUUCAUCUUCAAGGAUCAACACCAACACCAGGCAAUUCCAAUGUUAAACUACCACAGAUAAGUAUCCCAACGUUUUCGGGUAAAUUCACAGAUUGGGCACCAUUUAAAGAUUCAUUUAAAUCUAUAAUAAUAAAUUGUGCACACUUAUCAAAUUUGGAGAAAUUGCAUUACCUCAAAUCAUCUGUUCAAGGUGAAGCGUAUGAAUUAAUUUGCAAUACUCCAAUGAUAGAAACAAACUUUACUAGUGCAUGGGCGUUGCUUGAAACUAGAUAUGAGAAUACUCGUGCAAUUGUAAAUUCACAUUUAAAUGAAAUUUUUGCAUUAGAACCUAUCAAAAAGGAAUCUGUUGCGAGUUUAAUUACUUUACAAAAUACUGUACAACGAAAUCUUUCAGCUCUUAAAAAUUUAGGUCGUCCUACAGAAUCAUACAGCGACAUUUUAAUUAAUCGAAUUGUUGUUAACCUGGAUGCCAAAACUCAACGUGAUUGGGAGUUACAUAUUUCAAAUGACACAGAAUGUCCUACGUUCGAAGAAUUUAAUGAUUUUCUUUUAUCGCGAAUUCGUGCACUUGAAGCACUCAAUCACUUUGAGGUGGCUCAAAGGUCAAAUCAAUCUCAAACAAAAUCAGCUCAAUCUCAAGCAUCGUCCUCGCGUAAACAAAAACCAAUAACUGCAAAUUCAUAUGUUGUAACUUUUCCAAACUCACAGUGUCCAAUCUGUGAUCAAAAUCAUAAAAUUUAUAAAUGUCAACAAUUUGAAAGUUUAUCACCUCUCGAUAGGUAUAAUAAAAUUAAACAUUUAAAGUUUUGUACAAAUUGUUUAGGUGUGAAUCAUAAGGCACAAGAUUGCCCGAGUACUUAUACAUGUAAGAAAUGUCAACAGAAGCACCACACCAUGCUUCAUCGUGACACGUCAAACAGUAUGAGUCAACCCAAUACAGAAAAGAAUGAAGGCUCAGCGUCGAAUAAAGAUAAAAAUGAAACAAAAAUUAUUCAAACACAUUUUUCACUUUCUAAUAAAUUAACAACAAAAACUGUUUUAUUAGCCACAGUUCGACUUUGUGUAACAUCUGAUUCUAAUAAAAAGAUUCAAGUUCGCGCUCUUUUAGAUCAAGGUUCGACGCUGUCCUUUGUUUCUAAUCAAUUAGCAACAGCCCUGAAUGCAAAACGAAUUCGAGUCUCGGCGACGUUAUCGGGACUAAGUGGAACUUCAGCCGGGAAAGCUUCAUCAGCUGUUCAAAUUAAUCUUAUGCCACUUCACACUGAUACUCCUGUUCUCCAAACGCAAGCCUUAGUCCUUCCAAAAAUCACUUCCUACAUUCCUGAAAAAAGAAUUGUAUUAGAAAAGUGGCCUUAUUUACAAAAUCUUCCUUUAGCCGAUGAUCCUUCAAGUAACGAACCAAUUCAUAUGCUUAUAGGUGCUGAUCUUUACGGAGCAUUAAUUUUAAACGAGAUAAAAAAAGGAAAGGUAAAUGAGCCUAUUGCACAAAAAAGUAUUUUUGGUUGGGUGUUAUCAGGACAAGUCCAAACAGACGAAGUUCAAAGUGAUCCAAUUAUUUCUGUACAUCAUUGUGCAUCCCUUGAUCAAUUAAAUUCUUCAAUUACGAAAUUUUGGGAAGUGGAAGACAUUCCUUCAAAAAAACCAUUGUCUCCUGAUGACGAAUUUUGUGAAUCACACUUUUCCACGACUCAUUCCCGACUUCCGGAUGGUCGGUAUAUGGUUCGUAUUCCAUUUAAAGAAUCUCCCCCUCCAGUCGGACAAUCUCGACUUAUUGCAGAACGUUCUCUCAAAAGAAUUGAAUCUCGAUUUAAAAAAAACUUUUCGCUUAAAAAUCUAUAUACUCAAUUUAUGACUGAGUAUGAGACUUUGAAUCAUAUGAGUCGUAUCGUCAAUGAAAUUAAAUCCAAAAAUCUAAUCGUUUAUUUGCCUCAUCACCCAGUGUUUCGUGAACUUAGCCAAACCUCAAAACUUAGGGCAGUUUUCAAUGGUUCUAGUAAAACUACGAAUGGAAAAUCAAUUAAUGAUUGCAUGCAUAUCGGACCCAAAUUACAAUCAGAUUUAUUAAUGAUUGUUUCUCAGUGGCGUUCAUAUAAAUUUGUCUUAUUGGCUGACAUAGCCAAAAUGUACCGCCAAAUCCUCAUUGAUCCCCAAGAUCGAGAUUUUCAACGGAUACUGUGGCGAUCAUCAUCAGAUUCUGACAUGAUCGAUUAUCAGUUGAAUACCGUAACAUACGGAACUCGAUCAGCUCCGUAUCUUGCCCUCCAAGUUUUAAAACAACUAGUUGAUGAUGAAGGUAGCAACUUUCCAGCUGCAUCUAUCGUUCUCCAACAUGAUACCUUUGUUGACGAUCUUGUUUUUGGAGGUCAUGAAAAGGGUGAAGCUCUGCAAGUUCGAAAUGAAGUAAUCGAAUUACUUCAAAAGGCUCAGUUAGAGCCACGAAAAUGGGCUAGCAAUCAUCCUGAUCUAAUCUCAGAUAUUGAUUCUUCUAAUCAUGGAAUCUCUUGGAAUUUAAAUUCGAAUCAGGAAGAUGGCAUUAAAGUUUUGGGAAUCGCAUGGAAUGCUAAUUCAGAUACAUUUCACUUCUCAAUUACUCUAACAAUUCCUGAAAUAUUAACACAACGUAUCGCACUUUCUUUAUUAUCAAAAUUGUUUGAUCCUAUAGGGUGGAUAUCACCAAUUUUGGUGACUGGAAAAAUCCUAAUGCAACAUACUUGGUUAAGUAAAGUUCAGUGGGAUGAUCCUCUAUCAACACAAUUGCAACAAAAAUGGUUAAAAUAUUUUCAAUCACUAACUUCCCUUCCAAAUAUAUUAAUUCCUCGAUGGAAUUUUAAUCAUCCAACAAAUCAACAUGCUGAAUUGCAUGGAUUUGCGGAUGCUUCACAAUCAGCAUAUGGAGCUGUAAUUUAUCUUCGCAGUAUUGAUCAAUUGGGAGAGGUUCAAGUCUCAUUGAUCACAAGCAAAACUAAGGUUUCUCCAUUAAAAGGACAAACAAUUCCACGAUUGGAAUUGCUAGCUGCCUUACUUCUUGCUCGACUCAUUUCAUAUGUAAAAGGAAUUCGUGCUUUCAAGGAUCUUUUGGUACAUUGCUGGACUGAUUCGAAAGUGGUACUCGCUUGGUUGAGCAAUCACCCUUCCAAGUGGAAAUUGUACAUAUCAAAUCGAGUCACAGAAAUUCAAACUCUUUUACCAACUGAAAUUUGGAAGCACGUCCCUACAAAAAGCAAUCCAGCUGACUUAGCUUCACGCGGUGUAACCCCUGAAGAACUUGAAUCCUCUGCCUUGUGGUGGAAUGGACCCGAUUGGCUGAUCAAGCCUCCAGAUCAAUGGCCUAAUCAAACUAUUUCUUCCCCAGAUGAAUCCAUGCUAGAAUGCAAACUCGUUGUACAUCAUGUAAAUAUUCCAGAUGUCAACAGUCUGAAUGAUCGUCUAUUCAAAUCAUCUUGGAAGAAAACCGUUAGAGUCACCGCUUUUGUUCUAAAAUAUAUUCAAAUUUUAAAGAAAGCUAUUAUCCAAAAGCGUAUUUUAAAUCACGAAGUAAAAAAGGAAUCUUAUAUUUUAACUGCUAAUGAAUUGACACUAGCUACACAAGUUCUAUAUAAAAUUCUCCAAAAACAAUUAUUCCCUUUAGAAUUGAAUGACCUUCACCAUGAACAACCAGUGUCUAAAAAAAGUAGGCUCCAUUCCUUGAACCCGUUUCUUGAUAAAUAUGGUCUUAUUCGCGUGGGUGGUAGGUUAAACAAAUCGGAUCGUCCUUUUGAUUCUAAACAUCCUGUAAUUCUUGCUAAACAUCCAUUAGUUAAAGUAUUGAUUCACGAUGCUCACCUUAAAUGCAUACACGGUGGAUCAAAAUUAACAUUAAGUACCAUUCGACAAAAAAUUUGGUUAAUUAACCCUCGUCCUCAAAUCAAAGCUGUAUUGUUUAGCUGUCUUCCAUGCACCAAAAUCAAAGCAGAAUUACUUUCACAAAUCAUGGCAGGUUUACCAAAGCCUCGAGUUACAAAACCAGAAAGACCCUUUAUUCAUUGCGGGAUUGAUUACGCAGGUCCGUUACAAGUACGAAUGGCGGGCGGUCGCGGAAUCAAAUCACAAAAAUGUUAUAUAGCACUUUUUAUUUGUUUUGCAGUAAAGGCCAUUCACUUGGAACUGGUAUCUGAUCUCACAUCAGAGGCCUUUAUUGCAGCGUAUAAACGAUUUUCGGCACGACGCGGUAUCCCCACUCAUUUGUACAGUGAUCACGGGCUCAAUUUUAAGGGUGCAGAUCAAAUUUUAAAUAAUGAUCAUAAGCAAACUCUCUCAAAUCCAAAAUUUCAAAAUAUACUUGCUAACGAUGGAGUUACUUGGAAUUUUAUCCCUCCUGCAGCUCCUCACUUUGGAGGACUUUGGGAGGCUGGAGUCAAAAGUGUGAAGUCGCAUUUAAAACGCAUUUUGUUAGACAAAACUCCAACUUUCGAAGAACUUACAACCCUACUAUGUCAAAUUGAAGGAGUCUUAAAUUCAAGGCCUAUGGGAGCUUAUACCGAUAACGUCGACGAUCUCGAUCCUUUGACUCCGGGGCAUUUUUUGAUUGGUGGACCUAUCAACGCAGUACCCCAACCCUCCCUUCUAGAUCUCAAUGUAAAUCGAUUGUCUCGUUGGCAACAGUAUCAACAAAUGUUUGAAAAUUUUUGGGAGCGUUGGUCUACUGAUUAUUUACAAUCCCUCCAACAUCGAACUAAAUGGACAAUCGAAAAAAUGCCUAUUAAAGUCGGUCAAAUGGUUUUAUUACGAAAACCAAACUUACCCCCUACUAAAUGGAAUUUAGCUAGAGUAAUUCAAUGUUUUCCGAGUUCCGAUAAUCAUGUUCGAGUGGUGAGAGUAAAGACAAGUGAAUCUGAGUAUGUAAGACCAAUUACUGAACUUGUUAUGUUACCAGUUGAUUUAAAGGAAAAAGAUUAA